AUGCACUCACGUCCACAAGAACGCGCCCUAUCUGAUUCACCAGGACCAAAUUAUAUUCCUCCAUCUUUAGGCUCAGAUGCACCGAAAGUUUCAAUGACAUCUCGUCAUGAUAACACUAAAUAUAAUGACAAUCCAGGUCCAGGUGCAUACGACAUCAAAGAUUCAAAUAACGGUCCUGCAUAUACGUUAAAGGGAAGAACGGAAAGCCCAGAUGCUAGUACAGCUUCACCAGGCCCUGCUGCAUACAAUCCUAACUACAAUGCAACUAUGAAGAACUCUCCUUCUCCAACUAUGCACGGCCGUCCAACAGAUCGUAACAUCGAAGUAACUCCAGGUCCAUCAGACUAUGCUAUUUCUCGUGAUCUUGGCGGUCCACAAAUUUCUAUGCAUAUUAGACCUACUGAGAAUCAAAAAGAAGGCGGCCCAGGUCCUGGCGCGUACAGUCCACAAGAUCUUGAUGGUCGUGGUCCAAGUUACACCAUGAAAGGUCGUCAUGAUCUUCCACAAGAUGUCAACACCGCACCUUAUAGAGAUCUUCCAACAACCAUUGGCGAAGGUCCAAAGAUUUCGAUGCACUCACGUCCACAAGAACGCGCCCUAUCUGAUUCACCAGGACCAAAUUAUAUUCCUCCAUCUUUAGGCUCAGAUGCACCGAAAGUUUCAAUGACAUCUCGUCAUGAUAACACUAAAUAUAAUGACAAUCCAGGUCCAGGUGCAUACGACAUCAAAGAUUCAAAUAACGGUCCUGCAUAUACGUUAAAGGGAAGAACGGAAAGCCCAGAUGCUAGUACAGCUUCACCAGGCCCUGCUGCAUACAAUCCUAACUACAAUGCAACUAUGAAGAACUCUCCUUCUCCAACUAUGCACGGCCGUCCAACAGAUCGUAACAUCGAAGUAACUCCAGGUCCAUCAGACUAUGCUAUUUCUCGUGAUCUUGGCGGUCCACAAAUUUCUAUGCAUAUUAGACCUACUGAGAAUCAAAAAGAAGGCGGCCCAGGUCCUGGCGCGUACAGUCCACAAGAUCUUGAUGGUCGUGGUCCAAGUUACACCAUGAAAGGUCGUCAUGAUCUUCCACAAGAUGUCAACACCGCACCUUAUAGAGAUCUUCCAACAACCAUUGGCGAAGGUCCAAAGAUUUCGAUGCACUCACGUCCACAAGAACGCGCCCUAUCUGAUUCACCAGGACCAAAUUAUAUUCCUCCAUCUUUAGGCUCAGAUGCACCGAAAGUUUCAAUGACAUCUCGUCAUGAUAACACUAAAUAUAAUGACAAUCCAGGUCCAGGUGCAUACGACAUCAAAGAUUCAAAUAACGGUCCUCGCUACACAAUGAAAGGAAGACCGAGAUCAGGCGGGGCAGAGACCGCAUCUCCAGGCCCAGCUGCAUAUUCACCAGAUUACAAUGCUGUCCGCAAGAAUUCGCAAGGCCCAACAAUGCACAUUCGACCUAAAGACCGAAGCAUCGAAGCAUCUCCAGGUCCUGCAGAUUAUGAAGUUUCAAGAAAUCUUGGUGGCCGUUCUGCUUCCAUCCAUGUUCGUCCUAAAUCCGGCGGCGCCAACACUGAUUCACCUGGCCCAGGUGCAUAUAAUCCAAAGGACAAUCGUCGUGGUCCAAGCUACACAAUGAAAGGAAGACAUGAACAGCGCCAAGAUGUUAACAACGCUCCAUACAGAGAUCUUGGAACAACAGUUGGUAGUGGACCGAAGAUUUCAAUGCACUCACGUCCACAGGAACGUCCAUUAUCCGAUUCCCCAGGUCCAUCAUACAUUCCACCAGCCAUUGGUGCAGAUGCUCCUAAAGUUUCAAUGACAUCACGUCGUGACUCAGUCAGAAGAAAUGAUAACCCAGGUCCAGGAGCCUAUAAUAUCAAAGACAACAACCGUGGUCCAAGUUACACAAUGAAAGGAAGACCGAGAUCAGGCGGGGCAGAGACCGCAUCUCCAGGCCCAGCUGCAUAUUCACCAGAUUACAAUGCUGUCCGCAAGAAUUCGCAAGGCCCAACAAUGCACAUUCGACCUAAAGACCGAAGCAUCGAAGCAUCUCCAGGUCCUGCAGAUUAUGAAGUUUCAAGAAAUCUCGGUGGCCCAUCAGCUUCAUUUCACAGCAGACCAAGAUCUGGUGGAGCAAACACUGAUUCACCUGGCCCAGGUGCAUAUAAUCCAAAGGACAAUCGUCGUGGUCCAAGCUACACAAUGAAAGGAAGACAUGAACAGCGCCAAGAUGUUAACAACGCUCCAUACAGAGAUCUUGGAACAACAGUUGGUAGUGGACCGAAGAUUUCAAUGCACUCACGUCCACAGGAACGUCCAUUAUCCGAUUCCCCAGGUCCAUCAUACAUUCCACCAGCCAUUGGUGCAGAUGCUCCUAAAGUUUCAAUGACAUCACGUCGUGACUCAGUCAGAAGAAAUGAUAACCCAGGUCCAGGAGCGUAUGAUGUUAGAAGUCCGAAAGAAGGACCAAGUUACACAAUGAAGAGCAGACCAAGGUCUGGAGGUGCUGAGAGAGCUUCUCCAGGUCCUGCUGCUUAUUCUCCUGACUAUUAUGCUAUCAAGAAAUCUCCAAGAAACAUUACAAUUAAAAACAGAUACCCAGAAAGAGCUCCAGAUCAAGGUCCUGGAUAUUACAACAUCGGAAAUACUCUUGGAGGUCCAAGAUUUACAAUUGGAAACAGAGAAACUCUCGAUAUUGUAUUGAUAUAA